AUGAAUCGCGCUCCCGGGUCUAUACCCUCUCCCCACCAUACAUCUACUACGAUGGUCGCAUCAGAUGAUUCUGACUCUGGAUAUGAAUAUGAAUAUGACGAUAACUCGCAAGAGACAUUCUACCUGAACCUCGACCUGACAACAUGCAAUGGUCCCAUUCGAGUUCCACGCAAGCGCGUUGCAUCUACACCCACUGCUCCCACCACAUCAUUAGACUCCCCGCAUGCGACAUCUCUAAAUGCCGGUGACGAUCAGCAACAGGACAAUACCAACGCAGACACUGAUCCGGACACCCAAGACCAAGACCAAGACCAAGACCAAGAUCAAGUCCAAAUCAUGGAUUUGCAUUCCGAGAAUCCCAUCAUCUCCUACCGAAACCAGGUCUUUUCUUGCUCAUGGGUUGACCUUGUCGGAACAGAGAUGACCUUCUCAAUGCCUGAAGAACGCUCCACACUUCCCCGCCUCCGACAGCAUCGAGACUACGAUCUUAUUUCCGCCAAUCGUGUUAAGAUCCUAGGUCACAAGGUGAACUUGAUUACCGGCUCCUCUGAGAUACCGAAGGCCGGUAGUAAUAAUAAUAAUAAUAAUUCUAUCCCCACAUCUGCGCCAAUACCUGACAAUGACGAAGUGUCAACUACCCCAGCAGCAGCAGCAGCACUCCCCCGUGUCCCAUCCACAAACCAAGCCCUUUUCCUCGAGCGCCUCAUGAAUGCCAAACGCGCCAAGGGCGAGUCAGACAUCGUGCGCACCACCUUCUCCCAAAAGCGCAACCAGAACUUCGAAGCCAGGUUGCGUGGUUGGGCGCGCACGGGGGAGCAGAUGGCGGAGCUGGAAAUGCUUAACCGGCGUGUGCUGCAGGGUGAUGUGAAUGCGUUGAGAGAGCUGGAGGAUAUUUAUGCGCGUGCGGAGGAGCCAGCUGGAGCAGGGCAGACGCAGGAGCAGGAGUAGAUGCUGGAGUCAGCUACGUCUACGCAAUGGCAGGGCUUCAUGGAGGUGAUGGGAGUGAGGCGGCGGCGGCGGAGGUACAUGCGCCGCGACAACUAGAGAACGCUGUACCUUCAAAAGCCGGUGGUAGGGGUCGAUGCGGGUGAGCGGCCCCUUACAUCCAGUGAUGGGUUUACGGGAACCUGCGGGAUUUUUGGGGGGAG